AUGAAUGUAGAAGAAGCAUUGGCAUCUUCCAUUGAAGCAAAGCUUCGUUCUAAGCCACCAUUGUCCUCUCAAGCUUGUAUCUUUAGAGUUCCCCACGUACUCUUUCGACAAAGUGAAGGUGCUUUUGCGCCUCAUAUAGUCUCAAUUGGCCCUUGUUACCAUGGUCAUGAAAACCUGAAGAGCAUGGAAGACUUCAAGCUAUGGUAUUUACAUGGCCUCCUCUCUCGGCGCCCAAUUCCACAAACAAGUUUAAAGAUAUUCACCAAAGACAUUCAGCAGUUGGAGGAACGUGCGCGUGAGUAUUACACAGAACAUUUGGUCGACUUUGACACAGAUGAAUUCAUGGAGAUGAUGUUAGUAGAUGGUUGUUUCAUCUUAGAACAUUUCUGCAGGAAACGAAACGGCAUAGAUGGACGACAAAGAGAUGAUCCCAUAUCCAGUGUACCUUGGAUGGACAGUAACUUGCGAGUUGACUUGAUGUUGCUUGAGAACCAAAUCCUAUGGGUUGUUCUUGAAUGUCUCUUCAACCUAACAAUGCCUCCCGGGGAAAGAAGCUCUUCCCUUGCUGAGCUUGCACUUGGUUUCUUUGAUACUAUGAUGCCAACGACAGUUCUUGCCAAAUCCAGCUCUAGGCUUGAAACAAAGCAUAUACUUGACUUGCUGUGGAACAACAUAAUUUCAGCUUCUGCAAAUGUAGAGUUGACAUUGGAGAAUGAUCAGUACUGGGAAGUAAUUCCUAAAGUGACAGACCUUGUAGAGGCCAAAGUCAAAUUCAGGAAGGGCAACCAUGAAGAAAUACUAAAUAUAAGAUUCAAAGAUGGGGUUAUGGAAAUACCACCAUUGCUAAUUCAAGGAAGCACAAAGCUACUCUUUCGGAAUCUCAUACUUAUGAGCAGUGUUGUUAUUUCUUGCCUAACCGAAUCACUUCUUAUGUUGAUAUCAGUAAUUGAAGGAUGUCAUCAGCUUGAUUGUUCUAUAAAUAGUCUUGUAUCCCUCAACAUGGUGGUGGCAUUCAUACUGAAUAAUGGAGCAGCUUCGGAUUGCUUUCAUAGAACAUUACGAGGUUUGCAGCAAGAAUUGAUUCUAGUUAUGAAGUUGGGCUUCAUCUGUACCUCUGAAGUUCCUUUUCAACAUGCUUUCCAUAAACAUAUAAAUGGCUGGUCCAAAAACUCUUCAAUCGCUUAUCUACAAAAUGUCGACCUCCAUGUUUACCACAAUAACCAAUCAAUUUGGUUACGAAUGAUGUAA